ACCUUUUUAAUUAUUUCGCGGUUUCGCCAUCGUGAUCUCGUGCUUCGCGCUUUAUGCAUCGCUUUCUCUAACGAUAUGCGAAGCGCUCGAUAACGAUGGCGAAUGGGAGAUUGCGAAACUUUAACAUUUUCGCGCUUUGCCAUCGUGAUUUCGCGCAUGUGAAUAUUCUCGAUUUCAUGCUUCGUCAUCGUAAUCUCGUGCUUUGCAAUCACGAUCCUGCGCUUUGAUUAUCUCCAGCUCAUGAUGGAGAAGCGCGAUAUUAAAAUUGCGAAGUGCGAAGAAACGAAAAGUUCAGGCUUUUACAUUAGCAUUCAGUAGAAAUUUAACCAACAAUAUUGAAUCAUAAAAAUGUUAAAAACAUAGCGUGAUUGUUGAUAUACCUCAAUGACAUCUAAAACCAAGUAUUACACUGAAAUCUUGAUUGGAUAUUUUUUUAGAAUGUUUAAGGUCUUCUGAAAUAUAAUACAUAUAAUUCAGUUACCUAUAAGGCCAUUGAGAAAACUGAAAUCACCGCGAUUAUAAAGAAAGAACAUAUCUAUUUCACUGUGAAUUGGUUGUCAGAUACUGUAAUAUUGUAUGACUUGUACCGGUGUCAAACUUUAGCAAUACGCGUAGGAUUUAACUAGGUGUAAUUAUUUGAUUUCUAUAAUAUUUUAUUUUCUACAACACUUUGACCAUGGAAUAAUUGAUAAUUUCAAACAGAUAAGUACAAUUAUAAAAUAUAUCUAUGAUAUCUGAAAAUAACGUAAUAAUUAUUAUGCGUGACAAAUUACAUCUACAAAUUGUCCUAGCUUUGGAAAUGUCUCUUUGCUGAUUUCUCAACCAACAGUUUAAAUUUUGACAUUGCAUUAUAACUUUAUUAUAGAAAUUUGACUCGUAUAGACGGCGUAUGAAUGUAAUAUUUUACAUGGUCAGGAUGAUUAUAAAAUAAGCAAUCAAAUAGUAGGACUAUGACUGUACCUAAAUUGUUAUAAAACUACAAAGACAAUUAUUGGUUAUUUUAAAUGCACGUUAAAUGAAUUAAUUAUAUAAACCAGUUUGCUAUUACUUCAGUUUACUGUACUUCAAACAAAAUAUGAAGUAAGCAAUGAUUGCGUAUUAAGCAAUCUUCGUUGCAUGAUAUAGAUUUCUUGGUGCAACCAAAUAAAUUAGCCAGUUUAAUUGUGUAUGCUUACCAGAUUUUCAUUACGCAGCAGCGUAUCUGUCUAAAUGCAGCUACGCGCUUGGCCAGUUUUCACGGCUAGUAUACAUUAUGUAUAUGUAUGAAUGUUGUGUUUUCGAACUGUAUGAAAUGAGUUUAAGGUCUUAAUGGACAGACAUACUAAUACAGUUGAACUUCAACGGCUCGAACUCGGAUCUUUCGAACACCUGGGAUCGCUCGAACUCUUCUCCCGGUCCCGAAUUUAUUCCUUCUUUAUUCUAUAUAGUUCUACCUCGGAUCGCUCGAACUUCGAAAAUUCGAACUCUCGAACUCAUUUGGUGGUCCCCUCGGCUUAAUUACAGUGAUAAUUACACCUACUCAGUCGAACAGACAAUUUGUCGCCGGAAUGGCUGUGUUUACAAAGUUGUUCACACCUCUGCCUGACAUUCGCCAAGCUUCCCCUUUAACCGGUGCGUGCGUAAUUUUCACACGCUUAUGUAAUUAGCGUCGGUAUACGACAAACAAAUUAAAUAAAGUGACUUUCGUUCACUGCAAUUCUUCAAUGGGCUUUGAUUUAUACGAAUAGAAUUAUUUAAAAUAAUUGAGCAAUGACUGUCUUUAUUUUUUCUGCAUAAGAACGGGAGAUCCGAUGUCAACUUUCAUACUGCUUUAGCAUGGCUGAACAACUUAGAAAAGGACCCGGAAACGGGGGCAUAUCUAAGUCGGCUACUUGAAAGCAAUAUAAUUAUUUGAUAAUAUUUAUACUGGACUAUGAUUCAUAAAGGUUUGCUUUUCAUUUGAUGUUGUCUUCACUAAAUUCUUAUAAUCAUAUCAGUGUUUUAUAUGUGUUUUUUUCCGUAUCUAUGUCAUGUUUGAAAAUAAAUAAUAAAGCAUAUUUCAGCGUUCGUUUUUUAUUCAUCAUCGUAUCAUGCACACAUUUAGGUACAAUAUGAAAAUAUAUUACGAUGUAAGGUUUGUAACACAUCAUGCCCUCGAAUUCCCAAAUUCAAAAAAUAUUUUAAUCUAUCAGAUAACUGAGACAGAUAUCUAAUAUUAUAUGUCACAAAAGACAAUGAUUUUUUAAACUUAUAAUUGCAAUUUAUUAACACGAAAUCCACCGCUAUCUUCAUUAAUUGGAAGGUCAACAGGUACUAGCGUUGAUAAUUACGGAUUCCGCGAGUAUUGGACUAUACGGUAGAACCAAACAAGUACAGCUCCCAAUUUUGUCUGUUAUGGAGAAGUUGAAAAUCUCCAAUACCAGCCUGGUUACGAUGGUGUUAUGGUCAGAAUGUCGAUAGGCAUUGAGACACGUACCGGUCAGACAACUUGAGCGUAGACUUAGACGUAAGGACACACUAGCACAAAUGUUGGUCGUCAAGGUUUGGAGAUAACAGAAAUACGCAGACGAACAACUACAGGCAGUAGGGGAAGACAGAGUUGCUCCAGGGUGUAUUCAGAAUGGCCGAAAGCUAGAGCAGUCGAAUUGGCGCUACGGGGUGCAUAGGCAUGAUGUGCAAAAAAAGAACGUUUCAUUUGCGGACAUAUUUGGUAGUACGAAUCAAUGAAACUAAGUUUUCUGUUGCGGUUAGCUCAGGAUCUCCUGCCAUCGCCAGUCAAUCGUUACCAAUGGAGAUUACUGGACGAUCCAUGUAAUAAAAGGGGCAAGAUGGAGCAUAUUCUGUCGUCUUGCAAGAUUCACUGACAAAAGGGUGUUACAGAUGGAAGUGUCGCAACGUCUUGUUGGAACUUGCCUAGAAGAGAUCGUACCAUGUCUUAUAAAACUAGGUGUGAGAAAGCUUUUGAGCCCAAAAUGCCGAGUGAACUGAAAAUCUAAAACUGUGCCACCAGCGAGAAUUGCGGAUGUUGACGAUGGAGAUUACAACAAAGGAUUUUGCCCAUUCCUACGGAAAUGGGUCUGGAACCUGUGAGUCAAAGGCAGGGAAAGAAAGAGAGACAUGUGUGGAAUGUGCCAGACAUCCGAAUGCGUAUGAAACUGGCUACAACAAGUGUAUGCUUAUCAUCCUGCGGACCCGCUUCUGGGACGGUGUAGCAUAAGUGUCGACACACUUACUCUUUGUUGGCUCUUGGCUGAUGUUCAUCGAUAUCAUCAGUAAAACUGCGCCUACAUGUAUGGGAAAAACGGUUGCCCAAAUGAUCACUUUAUCGAAUUUGCUUUUAACAUAUAUGUAAAGACUUUAGCGUGUUUGUACAUCUAUACCAAAGGUAUCUGAAAAAAGAUCACCAGUAGUAUUAUACUUUAUUGAGUAACACGUGGCCUUUAUGUCUUUUUUCUAUGUCUUUAGGUAUUAGGUGAAAGGAAGCAAAAAUGAUAAAUCGGCUAUUUUGUCUAAGAACCUCUAAUUUUCUUUCUGCAAAUAAAUAAAUAAAUAAAAUAAUAGAUAAAUAAAUAAAUAAAUAAAACUGCUUUUUAACACAAAUGUUUGGGUCUUAUAUAAACAACUUGGUCUCGCUUAUCUUGUAUGUGAUAAUUAUUUAGUGCAUACAUGUUCUGUAUCAUAUACUAGCAUUUUGCAUCAACAGAUACGUAGAUAGGCAAGCUUCAUAAAAUCAUUUAUUCUCUUCUUAUACAGAGAUAAUUAAAACAAAAUCAUUGAACCCAAAGUGUUUCAAUUAUACAUUAUGGAUAGGUUAGACGUUUAUGCCUUCGAAAUAUCCGCCUUUGUUUAAAAACAAGCGACCAAUUCUAUUUAUUUGUCUUCAAAAUCUUCCAUGAACUUAAUGAUUUAUGUUCUUCAGGUUGAUAGUUAUCGCAAAAUGGAAGGUUCGGAUCAAGAACCAUUGUUACACUGGCAACACAAUAAAGAUCUAGGUAACUGCAUGAUAGAGCUGUACAAAAAUAGGCUUUGGACAGAUGUCAAAUUCAGGUGCAAAGAUCAUGACGAAGGCGAAAGAAUUAGUGCGCACAAAGUAGUUCUAGCUGCAAGAAGUCCCGUAUUUCAGGCGAUGUUUUUCGGUCCGUGUGCCGAUGGAAAAGACGAAGUAGAUCUGACUAAUGCAGUCGGGGCCACCCUUGAUAUAGUUCUGCGAUAUAUCUACAGCGACACUGUCACCCUGACCAAGGAGAAUGCUUCUGCUGUGCUGGAAAUGGCUCAUUACUACCAAGUUACAAACCUAGUACAGUUCUGCGCUGAUUAUCUCGCUACAAUUAUAACACCAGAAAAUGCUUGUGGAAUUUUAACACUGGCUAUGUUUUAUAAAGUAACAACUCUCCGUGAUGCAUGUUGCACCUUUAUUGACAGAAAUGCAGACGAAAUUUUGAACUCCGAAGGUUUCUUAGAAUUGCCAGAUGAUUGCCUCACAUAUAUAUUGAAAGGUGACACGUUCUACGCAGAUGAAAAUAACAUAUUCAUUAAAGCUGAAGACUGGGCAAGGAGAAAGAUUGGAGAAGUUGGUCUUGAAAAGACUGGCCCAAAUAUACGAAAAACACUAGGUCCAUCGUUUUAUUAUCUGAGACUUCCAACAAUGACACCCCAGACACUGAUGAAGUGUAUUCGCAAGAAAGGUUACUAUUCCGUUGAGGAAUAUGAAGACAUUGUUGAUUUUGCUAACGGACAUACUGCUGAUGCUUCCUUUCAUUCAAUGACGUGCAAUUCGUGUGAAGCAAGACUUCCAAAAGAAGAAAUACUGAUUAUAAAUAAUUCAGAUGGAGAACCAAAUAUAUGUGACGGUAUUAGUACAUUCUUUCAAAUAUCUGUAUCAAGAGAUGUUAAACUGACAAAUUUAACCGUUCCAGAAAUACAGCAUCAUUUACAAUACGAUAGUGAGCAUUAUACAGACAAAAACUGCCCAGCUGAGAGUAUCAGUCAAUCUGACCUAGAUGAUUUUUUGAGACAGAACAAUAAAAACGUUUUGAAACUAACAUAUACCACAGACAGUCAUAGAGUAAAGAGACACAGACGUAAUGGAUCAUAUUAUACAACAUAUGUGAGCUAUACAGAGAGAAAAGCACAGACGCUUAAAGCUACUAAUGGAGAAGAUCUUUCAGAUAGGCUUAACAUGCUUAACAUUGCUGUGUCGGGUAAUUUAAAAAUUAAAUGUAAAAAAACUCAAAUAUUCCCAAUGGGUGAGAGUAACAGAGGGCUUAAACUAAAGGAAGAAGACACAGCUCUAACUGAUGGAAAACAGGAUCAAGUCUCUGAAGAAGAAAACAAAGAAGAAGAAGAUAUUGAACAAAAAGAAGACAAAAAUACACGUGGUGCAGUUUCUAGUGAAGAGGAGGAUGAACUGAUCUUUGAACAAGAUUUUCAGUCUUCAGAUGUUCCAUAUAGAAGAAUUGACUUAAAAGAGCCUUUGACAUUGACAAAGAAUGCUUCACCAUAUAAAAUUGAAAUAACAAUGCACUACAGUUGCACAAGUAGAGUCAAAAUGAAGACAUUCUGUAGCAACACAAAAACUGUAACAAGUAAGUUUGGACAGUUACAGUUACGGGACAUUGCAGGUCAGUUUGCUGGAAUCGAAAGCAUAGGAAUUGAAAAUAUAUCAAAUCGAUAGAAUGUCAAAGAAAUGAAUGCAAAAGUAGACUUUUAACUAACUUAUCUAGUAGCAUGACUAGCUGCUAUUAUAUUAACAGCAAAUGAUUGAAGAAGAGGGACUAUAACCAAUUUCCAUGGAUAGUUAUUAUUUUCUUUUGUUUAUCUUUAUGAAAAUAUACAGUUCAAUUAUUCCAGCUUACAGCAGAAUGACCGUCCUAGACGAGUUACCGUAUUUAAUUGAUUCAUGGAAGACUCGAUGAGACUACUACGACUUUCCGAAUCUACGUUAUAUCGUUUGAAAUGUAUGUGUGUGCUGUUGCAUACGCUUCGUGCUUUAUAUUAUAUUCAUUUAAUUGCUCUAAAUGUUAUUUUGUAGAUACUUUAAAGUUUUUAAUCAGAAUAUGUAGCUUUAAAUAACAAUGAUUUCUGUUUUCUAGGUUUAAUAAUGCAUGUAUAAAAUUUGAAAAAAAUCACGCGAAAGAAGUGCGAGUACAUGUAGAUACAAUCUGACUAAAGUACAUCUCCUAUUACGCUACGCAUAGGAUCUGACAACGAGCUAUUGAUGGCCUCGUUCUGACAACCCUUCCGCUAGCCAUUCAAAAAAUAACUUACAACAUUCUGCAAGCUUUAAAAAGCCUUGGUUUUUGAUAUUAACAAUUUUUAUGUCGAAAGAUGUCAGAUAGCCGGUUAGCUCAGUCGGUAGGGCACUUACUCUGUAAGCGAGAGGUCUCGGGCUCGAGCCCUAGAUUAACUGCAAAUUUUUCUUACUCUUUGACAUUCGAACAAGUUGUCUGAUUGGUUCAAACAAAAAUAGAUUUGCGAAAAUAAGAAUAGUAAUACUGGAAAUCCAAAAUUUACAGAAGACGAAUGUGAAUGGGUCGUUCUCAGAUCUUCGUUUAGAAGAUCAGGUACUUUAGUCAGAUUGAUGUAGAUACAUUUGCGUGUAAUUUUGAAAUUACAAUGCUUUCGUUGAGAAUUAGUGAAUAUGAAGGUAAAGAGUUACACCUCAAGAUAUUUUACAUCAUAUUCCUAGAAUCAGGAGGUGUAUGUUUCGAAAUCUUAAACAGAGGGACAAGACCAAAGUCACAUGGGUCUGACUUAACUUAUAUAUAUUGUUUCGUUUCCAGUCUCAGGAAAUAUCUUAUUUCGCGUAAGGUUUAGCUAACUUCAUAUAAAUACUUCAUUACACUUGAUAGCUGCUUUGGGUCUGUGGUUUAAAGGUCAGGUGUACUGAUCUCCGACUUCAGUUUGUUUCUGUUUCCUGAAUUUAAGUCAGAAAGUAUUUUACUUACAACUUUCAGACUCCACAAAAUCACUUCACACUUCUUGAAAAACAUCUCCAUAGAUUUUGGAUAUAGUAUUUGUAAGUUCAAGGUCAUGGAUUCCCGGCUUUAUUGUUAUAUGUCUUGUCUCAUUUUGAAGGCUAAGCAAGAAAGUAUCAUACAUAAGGCAUUCAAACUUCACACAAUGAUUUCAUACCACUAGGUAUUCUAUUGUUGGUGCAGCCAGUAGCUAAACAGACAAGAUCAUAGGAACUUGUAAUAAUUUUCUUGUUUUAGUGAAUUGCCAAAAUGGUCGCCCCUUAUUACAACAAUAUGUUUUUUGGUUAACCUCUCCUGUAUUCCUGGACUCUGUAACUGCAAGCGUCUCCUUAUUAAUCAAAGGUUGAGAACGAAUGACUUCCCAUACAAUGUUUUUACUCAGUUGUCUUGGAAUCAUACGGCUCACCCAUGGAUCGAACUCCCGACCCGUCGAUCCGUAACUGGUAUAGUUAUUGAUCCGCUACAUUUUGUAAUAUGUAAUAUUGUCAUUUUCUAGUAUCUUAAAAACAAAUGACUUUGAUUAAAAUAAGAACAAUAUUCGAUGGCCCUACAGCCCUCGCUCUUGACUGAAACUGUAUUUUCGAUUUUUUAAAAAGACGAAAGUUAAGACUUGAAACUCUACAUUAUUACAGAAAUGUUUAGUAGAUGACAAAUAUGGAAUGUCUUAGAGUUGUGCUGGAAAUAAGAGAACUAAGUUCGUCUUUUUUAAUUUGACGCAGUUCGGAGGUAUUAUUCAAUAUGUAUGAUUUUCAGAAAAAAAGGGAAGUGCCGUUAGAUUAUACAGAACCAUCAAGCAAAUUAUAAAAAAAUAAGAUAUAGGUGUAAUGGUUUGACGUUGACUCUGUACAAUAAUGCGAACAAAUGAGUUUAGCUUAAAGGUCAGUCUAUUUUCAGCGUCAUUUUAUGACCCUUAUCACUUCACAUUUCGUAUAUUCUGUUAAGGAAUAUCCAAGGAUUCCGAGCAAGAUGGCAAAUUACAAAGAGUUAGCAUACUAUUAGGAAUGUAUAUUUUAUUUCAGUGUUUUUUAAAUAAAAUAUUGUAAUUAUAACCUUUAAUAUAACGUAUUUAUAAAACGAGUAUUUCUUUUGAUUUCUAUAAUUAUAACUUCUAGUUUCACAUUCCCGUUUGAUACAUUUUGGAUAUUACAUUAAGUUUUUAAUUUGCCUGUAGCUUCAGAAUUGAUUGAUUUCCAAUCAAUCUUGGUUACACGAUCGUUGUGGGCAAAAUGGUGUAACGAUUAUUUUAUAAACUUUCAUUGCUAAUGAAUUUCCGCUAAUUUCAUAAUUGUCAACGCAAACUAUUCGUAUUAUAAUACAGUUCAUAUAAUUUGUAAGACAAAGUGUAUUUAUAUUGAAUUUAACAUACGCUAUAAUUCAUAGCUGAGCAAAGAAAAUAGAAAAAUCAUAUAUUUAAGAUAUCCCAACGGAAAAUCCAAUCUGUAUCAGAUGACAGUUUCAAUUAAUAAGAUGAUGUUAAAUGAUCGAAAUAUUUUGGCCGCCAUCUGUUUUUGCAACUAAGUCAUCAGACAUAGUCACAGAUCUAUGGAAGCUAGGGGAUAGGGGGUUAAUACAUGUCUCGACAUCCAUAUCUCAAUAUAACAUUUAUGGAGGGUGGGGGGCGGUGUGGGCGCGGGUCUGGUGUUAGGGCAUUCGGAGAUAUUCAUUAAGACUGCGAAUUCGCCAUUACACGUAGUCCUAACCAUAUUUUCUGUUUGCUUCUUAAAACAAUAUUAUGGUAUGUAUGUGUUUUUCAAUGUUAAGAAUGUAAUUCAUCGUGCUAAAAUAUCAUUUGGAUUUUUUUCUCUUUUUUUGUCAUUGUGUCUGACAUAAAGUGUUUUUGUAUAUAAGAAUACCUGAAAUUACAAAUUAUUGAAGUAACGGAGUUGUAAUGAAAAUGUAUAAAUAUAAAAUUUACUGAACAUCCUUUAAACAAAUGACCCUUUUAUUGUGGCCACGCAUUAAUUUACACAUACAUUAGAUGCAGAUAUUUGGUCGACACCUUAUGCAGAGUAUGAUACUGCCGACACUGCCACUAUACGGAAGACAUAUCAGGAAAUCUGUAAACACAGACACACUCUUUACUUUUUAAUGGUGAUGAUGUGCCCUGAAGUUGAUUGCAUAAUCAGAGAUAUCAAUAGAGUGACAACAAAUGGCCAAACAAGUGCAUGUGCACACAUUCCAACAAAGUGAAUGAAAGUAGACCUUUUUCAUACAAAACUGAUUCGAAUUUCACGUUCAAACACUUUGUUAGGUACCGAAAGAGUAGUUGCUGCUGAGAGUGCGCUUUUCAGUAGUUUUCUUUCUCUUUUAAGUUGGAUUUAACGUCGCACCGACACAUGAUAGGGCAUAUGGCGACUUUCCAGCUUAAAUGGUGGAGGAAGACCCCAGGUGCCCCUUCAGUAGUUUUCAGUCUGCAAACACGUUCACAAGCACAUUGAUAUUUUAGUUUACACUAAAACGUAAUUUAGCCCGAUUGAGAUGAAAGCUGAAAGCUUAUUUGAACCGCUCUCGAGUCCGCUUUCUGGAAAAACCAGCACUGGUGUCUUAUGAGAAGGCUCGAUCAGUAGUAUAGUAAAUAGGCUGUCUGGGCCACUUUUUAAAUUUAAUUAAAAAAAAUAAUUUAUAAAAAAUUUUAUAAAUUAUUUAAUUAAAACGUAUAUUUUUUUAAAAACAACUUUUUAAUUUAAAAUCAACAAUUUUUAUAAAUUAUAUUUUUUAAAAAAAACAACUUUUUAAUUUAAAAUCAACAAUUUUUAAAAAUUAUAUUUUUUUUAAAAACAACUUUUUAAUUUAAAAUCAACAAUUUUUAUAAAUUAUAUUUUUUUAAAAAACAACUUUUUAAUUUAAAUUUCUAUGUAUUACGUCACUUCCGUGUACAAUGUUCACGUUUAUUUUUAGAUUUAGUUACUACAUCACUUCCGUGUACAAUGUUCACGUUUAUUUUUAGAUUUAGUUACUACGCACUUCCAUGUACAAUGUUCACGUCUAUUUUUAGAAUUAAUAGAAUUCCCAUGUAUUAUUACCACUUCCGUGUACAAUGUUCACGUUUAUUUUUAGAUAUUACCACUUCCGUGUACAAUGUUCACGUUUAUUUUUAGAUUUAGUUACUACACACUUCCGUGUACAAUGUUCACGUCUAUUUUUAGAAUUAAUAGAAUUCCCAUGUAUUAUUACGUCACUUCCGUGUACAAUGUUCACGUUUAUUUUUAGAUUUAGUUACUACAUCACUUCCGUGUACAAUGUUCACGUCUAUUUUUAGAAUUAAUAGAAUUCCCAUGUAUUAUUACGUCACUUCCGUGUACAAUGUUCACGUUUAUUUUUAGAUUUAGUUACUACAUCACUUCCGUGUACAAUGUUCACGUCUAUUUUUAGAAUUAAUAGAAUUCCCAUGUAUUAUUACCACUUCCAUGUACGAUGUUCACGUUUAUUUUUAGAUUUAGUUACUACGCUACUUCCACACAUUUUGAAAGUAGUAUAGGAGUCGUUUUAGGUACAUUUUCAUAUUAUUUAUUAAAAUAGUUCGUAAUUGUUUGUUCGUUUUGAUUUACAUUCUUAAUAUUUAAAACCUUAUACAAUAUGUCGUACAGCGAUACUUUGUUUUGUAACAUCUUUAUGAAAAAUAAACAAUAGUAACCACAGA